AAAUCGGUGGACUAUUCCAUCAUGAUUAGCAAGCCCACUAAGUCUAUAGUAUGUAUUUUUAUGGUGCUUGAAGUUGAUACUGCAAUUUUCAUAGCAGAGUUUCAUGUAUUUUUAUGGAAGAGACUAAUUCUAUUACUACAUGUUGUUUUCUUGCAUUUUUCAAUUUAUAUUUAAAUUUAGUACUUUUUUUAAUCUUUGCUCUUAACUCUUUCUAACUUCCUCUGAAAUUUUCUCCAUCGUGCAAUAGUUUGCUCCCCUUUCACUUUACAAAUCUGCCUUUGAAAAUCAAUCUUCCGGUAUCUCUUGGCACUACGAUUUUAUUGUUAGGGAUUUAAACUGGGCAAGUAGAAGAUUUAAAAUCCGAUAUCAAUCCAUGGCGAAUAGAAUGGAGUUCAAUAAAUGGAGUUGCAAAAGGAGGAUUAGAAAUUGAAUUUUUGGUUGAAACAUACGCCUCUUGAGAUUGAAGAUAAAGUUGAUAAAAAUUUGAUUGUACAACUAAGGGUGGUGGCUAUUAGAUCUUUAGUUCUAUGGUUUUUGAAGAUAUCACAACUUAUUUCUAUCUUAAAACGACGAAUCAUUAAUUGAUUUACUGAAGUAGGUCGGUCUAUUCUUUAUUCAACCUACUGGGACUGAUAGAUGAGGAGUGUCUAAUUUUGUUCCUUAUACUUUGAUAGAGUCUAUUAGUAUAUUGGAGGUAACCCUAUUUUUGGCGUUUGCUCUCAAGUUUUUAUGGUCCCCUCUUAGCUGAAUUGUUAGUAUAUAGUUGACUUGAAUCAACAACUUUCCGUUUCUUUUUGAUUAGUGGAAUAUUGUUCAUAAAAUGAGAGCAUUGAACCUUUAUGUAGGAAUGCCAAGUUUAAGAUUUAGUUUCAACCUAUCUAUGGUUUGUGUGGGAAUUUCAGUGAGCUUUUCUACUCUAUCUUUCUUGACAAAUGACAAUCAAUUAACCAAUAGCAUUUUACCAGGGACUUAAUUAUCAUUAUGAAAAUGAGAUCAAUGAUACAUUUUUUAUAUUUUAUACUCUUAAAUGAUGAUAAAAUUUCUCCAAAUAUUUUACCUAUAUACUCUUUCUUUAUGUAUCAUCUCGAUAGAAAGAUUGUCAAUAUAUAUGGGUUGAUAGAUAUAAAUAUAACAUAAAAAUAUAAAUAAUCAAAUAUGAAUAUUCUGGCCAACGGGCUGGGUUAUAAGCUAGUUACUAUAAGGACAAAAAUUUGUCGCUAUUCAGAUUUUUGUUGAGAAAGGAAAAAUUUACUAACUCCAGGCACAAAUCCAUCUAGUGCCGACUCUCACAUCACACGCUACGGUGGCGCCCCUCAUCCCUGCUCCCGCAUCUAACCGCCACAACUCUUAUCAAUACCUCUCUCUCUCUCUUCCUCUCCCGCCACGUGACUUCGUCGGCUGUUAAUCAUACCAAUCGCCGGUCACUCUCUCCGCCUCUUUUCAAUCACGCCGGCGCAAUAAUUACAACUACUAGGGACACGCCUACACUUUUCCAACUCCACCUGCUGCUUUUGCUUCUCUGCACCUCUCCCCAUCGCCGCUUCUCGUCCUAUACAGGCCAGCGAUAUAACCAGGAAAGACGACAAAAUUAGAAGGCAAGGUGACGGCAAUGGAAACUACUCUGCUGCUGUGGCCGGCGUUUCUCUAGCGUUUUUGCUUGUUUUGGUGACUUGAGCUUCAGUAGGAAGAGGAGAAGGCAAAUCGCUUUGCUGUUGAGUUCGUGUUUAGGGCGCUUAAAAUGGCGGUGGAGUACGCUUGCUGUAGCUCCGAAUUCUUCAUUCACAUUCUGAUAAUCGUGAUGCUGGUGCUGUUCGCCGGCAUGAUGUCUGGGCUCACUCUCGGCCUCAUGUCUCUGAGUCUCGUCGAUCUCGAAGUCCUGGCUAAAUCCGGCACGCCUCAGGACCGUAAAUACGCCGCAAAGAUACUGCCAGUUGUAAAAAAUCAGCAUUGGUUACUCUGCACGCUGCUGAUUUGCAAUGCUGCUGCCAUGGAGGCACUCCCUAUUUUCCUCGACAGCUUGAUUACAGCAUGGGGUGCGAUCCUCAUUUCUGUUACACUGAUUCUGCUGUUUGGCGAGAUUAUACCGCAAGCUGUAUGCACCAGAUAUGGUCUGGCAAUUGGUGCAACAGUGGCCCCCUUUGUCCGUGUGCUGGUGUGGAUAUGCUCUCCCAUUGCCUACCCGAUAAGCAAGCUUCUGGAUUAUCUACUGGGUCAUGGGCAUGUCGCUCUUUUCCGCAGAGCUGAGUUGAAAACACUUGUGAAUUUCCAUGGUAAUGAGGCUGGAAAAGGUGGAGAGCUGACUCAUGAUGAGACAACAAUUAUUGCUGGAGCGCUUGAGCUCUCAGAAAAAACUGCUGGUGAUGCAAUGACACCUCUCGCUGAAACUUUUGCCAUUGAUAUCAAUGGCAAGCUUGACCGUGAUCUGAUGAAUAUGAUACUGGAGAACGGACACAGCAGAGUGCCUGUUUAUUAUGAGCAACCAAACAACAUUAUUGGCCUUGUUCUGGUCAAGAAUUUGUUGACAAUCCACCCUGAAGAUGCUACACCUGUAAAGAAUGUGACCGUACGGAGAAUCCCCAGGGUUCAAGAAAACUUGCCCUUGUAUGACAUACUGAAUGAGUUUCAGAAAGGCCACAGUCACAUGGCUGUUGUCGUGAGGAAGUGCAACAUAACCGAACAGCUGCCCACUGAUGGUUCAGCUAAUAUUCCAGUUAAAGAAGUGAGAGUAGAUGUAGACGGGGAGAAGCCACAGGAGAGGUCAUUAAGAAGCCACAAGUCUUUCAAGAAAUGGAAAAGCUUCCCCAACAGGAAUGACUCAUUUAGGGCGUCAAGGAGCAGAAAGUGGAACAAAGAAGUCGACUCCGACAUCCUGGAAAUAGAUGGCAAGCCACUCCCGACGCUUCCUGAAGAAGAAGAGGCUGUUGGCAUCAUAACCAUGGAAGAUGUCAUUGAAGAACUGUUACAGGAGGAGAUUUACGAUGAAACAGACCAUCAUCACGAGUAGCAUUGGUUCAAAUUCAUAAUCGAAGCGGUUUACAUUUAUGUAUAUGAUCAGGAGAAAUGUAUUCGUUGAGACUGUUAGGAGGGUUUGAUCCUCAAAGCUUUUGGCCAGAAUAUGUUUCUGCGAAAUGUCAAGUGUAAUCAUGUUUUAGUGUUUUGUAAUAGAUCGGAUGAGCUGAGACGGAUGGGGAAGUUCAUGACUUCAUGUAUUGCCCUGAAAACGAAGUGCAUAUAUAGUACUAUUAGGAUGGAUAUAUACAGGCUUCAUUUGGAUGGGUAUUUCAAUGUUUUCAUCACAAUUUCUAAUUAUAUUGGAUUUUAACUAAAUAACUCUUUUGAGAGUACGAUAGAUUUCAAAUUUCAAAUUUCUAAAAAUCUACAAUUGAAGAUUUUUGAAACAGCCAAUUCCCAUCAGUUAUUUUAAAAUUUACCAUUGUCUAAUUUAUUCUAUCAAUUAUUCUUCUUUUAAUUUUUAGAAAUUUCAGAAGUACUCUCACUAGUCACUCCCAUUGUUCUUCCUCAACGAAAAAGAGACCCUUCCUCUUCUGUCCUCCCACCGUAGUCGCUUCUCCAUCUCUUCGCUUUCUUUUAUUCCUCCCACCUCCGGUUAAUUUUCCCCAACUCCACCACCGAAACCCCUCUCCUCUUCGCAUUCGCCACUAAUAGUGACUUCUUGAUUCCCCGUCCUCAUCGGUGACCCCCAAAUCCCGAAGAACAAAAUGAUUUAGGUUGUCCAUUAAUGAAGCUUUACUCACUAAUUUUUCAUCAAAAAGGAAAUUAAUGUUCUUGUUUGUGUUCUCAAACUUGAGUGGUUGUUUAUCAACUAAUUGACCACACCAUUAACUGAGAUUUGUGUGUUGUUGUUUAGGUUCAAUACGAGUUAGGCAUGUUGUUGUUUAGGUUGGACAUAAGUUUCGCAUGUUGCCUUACUAUAAAAUGAUAUGUUUACUUUUCAUAUUUGAUAUAUAAUGUGUGUUGCUGUUGUUAGGUUGGACAUUAGCUUUCUCUUUCUUACUGUAAAAGAAACACUUUACUUACUUCAGUUGCAUGAUUGAGGCUGCCUUUGAUGAUAAAGCGUAGGAGUAGAAGAUCGUGUAGAUCAAGCGGGCAUAGGGAUUAUGGGCAAGUUUGAAGCAAAGUUUUGAGCUUGUUUGCCUCAACAUUAUCGGCCUUAUUCUGGUAAACUGAUUGUCCAUUCUAUAUGUUUGGAUAGGACUUAGUUUGUUCUUUGGGUUACUAUUCUCUACGUGUAUUGGUUAUGAUUAAGGACUUGAGGUAUAUUACAUGAUCGUGCUAAAAUAAUUCUCAGUUCUAACCAAAAUUUUAGCAUUUCUUCGCUAACGUUGAAAUCAUGUUUAGGGCAAUAUAUUGUUGAUUGUUCAAGUACCAAAUAGAUUCUUUAGUUCUAUUUUGUUCUUUCAAAUGUCGAUCCAGUUUUUCAUGUUGUUUAUACUUGAUCGAGCAUUUGCUCGUGUCUUUGACAAAUAUGCAUGCAUGAUAUGGUGCCUCUUUGUUUCCUCGAGGAAUGAUUUGUUACUAUUUACCCAUUGUAGCAGACGUUACGGUAUCGAUGCUUGUUUAACUGCCUUUCCCCAUUCUUUCAGGUCAAGAAUUUAUUGACAAUACACUCUGAAGAUGCCACGCCCGUAAAGAACGUGACCGUACGGAGAAUCCCUGAUAUGAUCCAAAUCCGAAGAGAACCCUCGAACUCGGAUUAUAUGACCAAAGUACGCAGCCUUCCUUCUUUUUACGGAAUUUUCGAAGCUUUUCUUGACAACUUGAAAAUAAAGGAUAGAUAUGGAA